CAGACAAAUGAAGUGGUCCCCGGUCUGCUGCCCUGUGCUCUCAACAGUAAAAGGAAGGUUGGCCAAGAGUCGACGCUCUGGAUGAAGAAGAUAAGGCAGUGCUUCGGCUUCUUAGACACCAGGACCGGUAAGGCAGCUGAGAAGCGGGCCCAGCGCAAAGCGGCUGCGGGUCGCGGCGAGGCAGCCGCCGCCUGUUUCUGAACCCCAUUCCGGUAGCACCCGUUUCCCACAAGGGAGGCAGCGUGCCUUCCCCGGACCCCGCCGCGAGGUGGAGGGGGACCCGCGGGGAGGGGGUCAGCGCAGGGACCCAGAGCCGGGCGACCCGCAGGUCCCGGCGGAAAGUUGGCAGCCACCGCCCCCCUCGCCCGCCUUCCUCCUGGACUCUCCACCCCUCUCCGGGCCACACGGCGGAGGCGGGGGGUUGGGGGAACUGGCCUCGUGUUUUGGAACAGCUGCAGCCGGCGUUGGGCCCGCCUGGAAUGCGGGAACAGGCUGCACACCAGGACUUUUAUGGAAACUUGCUGCUGGAGCCGGCGGCGGCCAGAGGGCUCGUAGCGGCUGGAGCGGCGGCGGCCGGAGCGCCAGGACCCCUGACCACACCCCGGCGCCCAGAGCCUGCCAGCGCGCACCCCGGACCUUCGCGUGUCGCCGGCUCGAGGUGCAAAAAAUUACAAAGCUUCAUAAUCACCCCAAGACUGCAUAGAGCAAACAUGAAUGAUAUUUCUCAAAAGGCUGAGCUUCUGCUUUCUUCAUCUAAACCUGUACCAAAAACCUAUGUGCCAAAACUUGGCAAGGGUGAUGUAAAGGAUAAGUUUGAAGCCAUGCAGAGAGCCAGGGAAGAAAGAAAUCAAAGGAGAUCUAGAACCGAAAAGCAAAGAAGAAAAGAACAAUAUAUUAGAGAGAGAGAAUGGAACAGGAGAAAGCAGGAGAUUAAAGAAAUGCUUGCUUCUGAUGAUGAGGAAGAGGUAUCUUCUAAAGUAGAAAAGGCUUACGUCCCAAAGCUAACAGGAACUGUUAAAGGUAAAUUUGCUGAAAUGGAGAAACAAAGACAAGAGGAACAAAGGAAGAGAACAGAAGAGGAACGAAAACGCAGAAUUGAGCAGGAUAUGUUAGAAAAGAGGAAGAUACAACGUGAAUUAGCAAAAAGGGCUGAGCAGAUUGAGGACAUAAACAAUACGGGAACUGAAUCAGCAUCAGAGGAAGGAGAUGAUUCACUGCUUGUAACAGUGGUACCUGUCAAAUCACACAAAACAUCUGGAAAAAUGAAAAAGAAUUUCGAAGAUCUAGAAAAAGAACAAGAAGAAAAGGAAAGGGUCAAGUAUGAAGAAGAUAUAAGAUAUGAAGAACAACGUCGGUCUCUCAAGGAAGCAAAGUGUCUUUCAUUGGUCAUGGAUGAUGAACUGGAAAGUGAGGCAAAGAAAGAGUCACUUUCUCCUGGAAAAUUGAAACUGACGUUUGAAGAAUUGGAAAGACAAAGACAAGAAAACCGAAGGAAGCAAGCUGAGGAGGAAGCAAGAAAACGUUUAGAAGAAGAGAGGCGUGCUUUUGAAGAAGCAAGGCGGCAAAUGGUAAAUGAAGAGGAGGAAAACCAAGACACAGAAAACAUUUUUAAAGGGUACCGCCCUGGUAAACUGAAACUCAGUUUUGAAGAAAUAGAAAGACAAAGGAGAGAAGAUGAAAAAAGGAAAGCAGAAGAAGAAGCCAGAAGAAGAAUAGAGGAAGAAAAGAAGGCAUUUGCUGAAGCAAGGAGAAGCAUGGUAGUAGAUGAUGACUCCCCAGAGAUGUAUAAAACAACCUCUCAAGAAUCUCUUACACCUGGAAAACUAGAAAUUAAUUUUGAAGAAUUAUUAAAACAAAAAAUGGAAGAAGAAAGACGACGAACAGAGGAGGAACGGAAGCAUAAGCUAGAGAUGGAAAAACAGGAAUUUGAACAACUGAGACAAGAAAUGGGAGAGGAAGAAGAAGAAAAUGAAACCUUUGAACUGAGCAGGGAAUAUGAAGAAUUAAUCAAAUUGAAAAGGAGUGGCUCUAUUCAAGCUAAAAAUCUAAAAAGCAAGUUUGAAAAAAUUGGACAAUUGUCUGAAAAACAAAUACAGAAAAAGAUAGAAGAAGAACGAGCAAGAAGAAGAGCAAUUGAUCUUGAAAUUAAAGAGCGAGAAGCAGAGAACUUUCAUGAGGAAGAAGAUGUUGAUAUCAAGCCUGCAAAAAAAAGUGAGGCUCCAUUUACUCAUAAAGUGAAUAUGAAAGCUAGAUUUGAACGAAUGGCUAAGGCAAGAGAAGAAGAAGAACAAAGAAGAAUUGAAGAGCAAAAGUUAUUACGCAUGCAGUUUGAACAAAAGGAAAUUGAUGCAGCACUACAAAAGAAAAGAGAAGAGGAGGAGGAAGAAGAGGGUAGCAACAUGAAUGGCUCCACCAUUGAAGAUGAAGCGGAAACCAGAUCAGGAGCUCCGUGGUUUAAGAAGCCUCUAAAAAACACAUCGGUUGUAGACAGUGAGCCAGUUAGAUUUACUGUUAAAGUAACAGGAGAACCCAAACCAGAAAUUACAUGGUGGUUUGAAGGAGAAAUAUUGCAGGAUGGAGAAGACUAUCAAUAUAUUGAAAGAGGAGAAACUUACUGUCUUUAUUUACCAGAAACUUUCCCAGAAGAUGAAGGAGAGUAUAUGUGUAAAGCAGUGAACAAUAAAGGCUCUGCAGCUAGUACCUGCAUUCUUACCAUUGAAAGUAAGAAUUAAUCACUCUUUGAAUCUAGAACUUUUAUUCUAUUUAAAAAUAUUUUCCUUUAAAAAAAAAAUCACUUUUCUUCUCUCUUUUUUAGCUGACGACUACUAGGUCCCCUUCCCUCUCCCUGGAACACACACCCUCUCUCUCCGACUUUCUUACUGCAUCCAUCCUUUCUGUGGCGGGGCCAGAAAAGGAAACUGGAAGUGCCACUAUGCUGACUCCUCAUUCCUUUCCCCAACAGUCUUCACAACACAAGCUCGUCUGAAAAGUACCUCCUUCCUUUUCAAAUGAGCACCAGAUUCACAUUACGCAGUAUACGUUGGUGUGUAAUUUAAUAAGGCCAAGUGGGAAAUUUACUCAAUUAUUUCUAUCAGAACCCAUACAAAGGCUGCGUAUUUCCCAUGUUUACAGCAAUGAUGUUUAAAAAAAUCAUAAAUCGGACAUAUUUUGCAUGAAAGAAUAACACUUAUGAGCUAUGCACACCUAAAAUUAGUCUGAAAUAGCUGAGUUAAGGAAUUUGGAACCUAUCAAUUUGAGUGGGCUUUUUUCCUCAGUAGUUUAUCAUUUUGGUUGUUGUAGUUUCAGAGUCUUUCUGAAGCAGAGAUAUGAGGGGGUAGGGGUGUCAUUUCUCCCUGUGUGUGGAGAAAACAAAAAAACUAAAGACUUUUAAGAAACAACUGCCAGAGCAAAUGUGAUGGAAACCACUGCCUAAUACAGAGUUCUGAGUGUUGAGAAUAUCAAACGUACUUUUCAAAUGUGUGUGAUAUAUAUUCAAGCUUAUAAAAGCAAAUUUAUGUUGUGACCUUGCCUGAACAAAUUAUAUUUUAAUGAGAAAACUUUGUAUUAAUAGUUCAUGCAGGAGAAAACAAUUUCAACAUAAUCAAAAAUUUCAAGAUCUAGAAUUAGAUUUAGGGAAAAAUGGCACAAUCUUCAAUUUUGAGUUUUUAAAGUGAGUUUGUAAAUAAUUAGCAACCAUGUACUAAUCAAGUUGUUUUAUAUUUUAAUUGUCUGGAAGACAAUUUUAUUUUACAAUGUAAACCCAUAAUAAAGUCACUUCUGUAUUUAAAAAAAAGUCUUUCAGUAUUUUAGAAAAGAGACGAACAUUCCCUUAUAAUAUUCACCAAUGUACAUUUAUUUUUUUAUUGAGGAAACCAUGAUCAAUACAAAAUUACAGCAAUCAUGUACCCUUUUACAUACAAUGGUAUUAAAGCAAACUCUAAACCACAGUUUGUAAAGUAUUCAAUUUACCUCAAGUCCAAGCUGCAUCUCCCUAAGACACUGUUCCCAUCACAGUAGCCAUUUUAAGCCAAUCUUCUUUUUACACGGGUAGUUUCUGUAGAGAACACUUUUCUCAGGACGAAAAUGCAUUGAGCAUGCAUAAGAAAAAAUAUAUAUAUAUGUGCAAAUACAUUUAAGAGUUUCUAUAGGGGUAUCACUGAAGAAAAUAAAAUCCUGGGACUUAUUUGCUUUCUUAAAAGCACCAAUUUAAAAAAAUCCCUCAAAAGUUUACUGUGGCAAGAAAACUCAAGUGACUAAACAAAAACUAAGGUUAUUUUCAGAGUCAAAAUUAUCUUUAACUAGGUAUUGUUAAAAUACAUUUUAAAGUGAGGCAGAAUUUUCAGAAAAUAAAGACAUCUUCAUUAAUUAGUAAUUUCUACAACCUUAUUCUAGACAACAUAACUUUGCAGGCAGAAGUGGUUCUCCUGGCAGAGUAUUCAAACAAAUGUUAUCACUUUGAAUACAUUUCUAUUUCCCUCUUAAGGUACUCUGUUCACUCCUAUCCAAACCCACUCCUGUAAUUAACUACUAAGGUAUCUGUCUAAGGAUGUAUUUUACAAUGCUCAUAAACAACUAGUAUUAAACCACUAGUUUUAGUAUUAAAACCAUUUUCAUUAAUUAAAAAUGAAAGUAUACUUCCCAUUUCUAAAAGAAACAUCAAACCAUAAGAAUUCUAAGUACUACCACACUAAGAAAUCUUAAAAACAAAAACACAUUGUCAAGUUUAAGUGCUAAAUAAAAUAAAUCAAUUUCAAGCUAAACAUUCUUUCUACCACUCCUAACAUCCAUUGCAUUCAAAUCAACUGGCUCACCUUUUCUGCUUUCCAUUUAUUUCAAGGUUAAGAUUAGCGCCAUUUAAAAAAUGCUUGCAGUAUCAGUGAAGGCUUAUGAUAAUGAAUAAAAAAAAAUUCUCAUGAGAUAGAAACAAUGCCCCAAUAUCUAUUAGCAUUCAUAUGUAUUUUGUUUUAUAAAAAUGCAAACUACAACUAACCAAAACUUGACAGGCUCUUAAGGUUCAAAGAGCUCCUUAAUAACAAUCUUAACAUACCUAUCAUUGACUAUUAAAACACACAUACACACACAUAAAUGUGGUGCAAUAACUACAUGACUUUCAAAAUUCAACAGUUCAUGGAACAUUUAAGAUCAAGUGAAUAGCACUUUAAAAUGAAAAGUGAUCAAAGCAGGUACAUUACACCCUAUACCAUAUAUUAUGUAUGGGAAAACAUUUCAUUUUUCUCAAUUAUGAUUUGCCAAUUUUACCUUCUACAUUGAGCCCUUCUAUGGUCCAUGCUCAUCGGCUCACCAAUGGCAUACACUCAAAGGAUUCCUCUUAUGGGUAACUAUCUCAGGACCUGAUUUUAUGAGCUAUGAUUUGGUGCUUGCAGCAUCUUCAGCACUGUGUGUGAAAAUGAAGGCAGUAUUUUUGAAUAUUUUUCUUUGUUGCAAAGAUAAGCAGGAGUUUUAAAAGGAUCAGCACAUUUUAGAAAUCGAAUAAACAAAACUGAUAUGAUGCUGCUUUAAUACAUUCAUCUUAACUCAAAAUAUGUACCAGUUAAAAUCAUCUAUAAGAACACACAAACAUUUUAAACUGGCAAAAAAUAAAAUGCAGCGUCAGUUAUUAAAGUAUUAUAAACCAGAAAAAUAUUGGUUGCUAUACAGAUUAUGAAAGGUUAUUUGCUAUACAGUUAACAUUUCACUGAUGCACAUGCCUUUACCAAAACUUACUGCCAGUAUUUCUUAUAAUUUUUUCUUUUU